AUGAGUGUUUUUGUUUCCCUCCAGGUUGACAAAGUUGCAGAAUUGGUGGCCAGGUGGUUCUACUGUGCCCUGAGCCAGGAGAAGCUGUGUCGGCCCAUCGUGGCCUGUGAGCUGGGCAGGUUGUACAACAAAGAUGCCAUCAUUGAGUAUUUGUUGGACAAAUCCCCUGAUAAAACCCCCAUGGAAUCUGCAUCCCAUAUCAAGAGCAUUAAGAAUGUGACAGAGCUGCAGCUGGUGGAUAACCCAGCCUGGUGUGGGGACAAGGAGAGCAUCAAGGGGGACAAGUACGACGACCUGCAGUGUGCACGCUUCAUCUGCCCCGUGGUGGGGCUGGAGAUGAACGGCAGGCACAGGUUUUGCUUCCUGAGAAACUGUGGCUGUGUGUUCUCUGAGCGUGCUCUCAAAGAGAUUAAAGCAGAAGUUUGUCACAAGUGUGGUGUUCCCUUUCAAGAGGAAGAUGUGAUUGUCCUUAAUGGCAAUAAGGAAGAUGUGGAAAUUCUGAAGAAGAGGAUGGAGGAAAGAAGACUUAAAAGUAAAUUAGAAAAGAAAUCAAAGAAAGGCAAGGCAGCAGCAGCAGCUUCUCAGCAAGAGCCCUCUGCAGGUCCUUCGAAAGCGAAGAAUGGAAAGGAUUCUGUCAAUUCCAGCUCUGGGGAAAACAGGCAGAUUAUCUUCACCAAAAGUUCAGAGAAUGGAAAUCCAUCAGUCCCAGGAAAAGUCAGUAAAGCUUCUUCCAGCAGCACCAAGAGAUCCAUUGCAGACAGCGAGGACAAGUCUGAGGCUUACAAAUCUAUUUUUACAACUCACAGCUCAGCAAAACGUUCCAAGGAGGAGUGUUCCAACUGGGUUACUCACACUGCUUACUAUUUCUGAAACUAUUUCUGCAGCAGUGAGGAGCCCCAGUGAGGCACCUAGGGCUCUGUGCUGAUCUGAUCCUGGCUGCAGUUCUCUGUUUGUAACUUGGCUAUAAACCUGUUCAUAGCUGGUGAGCCUGUGUCAGCUGCAGCUUCUGUUCCUAAGGA